CAUCAAGUAAUAUAUGGCUACAUUAAAUAAUCAUCUUUUUUCAGGGGAGACGGUUUUUUGUUCCCUGUCGUUGCUCUCCUAUGCUUCGUGAGAAGGAAAUCCACAAAAAAGACCAUACAGUCGAAUUUACCAUUGACUUCCAUCAGUUCUUACCAGAUGGUUUCUUACACCGGUUCUAUGUUCGAAUGGCAAAAUGGUCUAUGGAGAAAAAGAAGUAUAUCGAACCAACUUUCCACUCCAGGCAAAUGGUGUUCUUUGUUGACAAUCAUCAUAGAGUGGAGAUGACGAAUGAGACCAACAGUAAAGAGUGUCAUCAAAUUAAGGUUAUGAUACAUGCAGUGGUCCCACGCGGUGCAUCAUCCAAAGGAACAAAAGCCAGAGUCAACUUGAAUGAGAACAUUAUUGACUAUCUUCAUGAAACAUUGGAGGAUCUGAAAAAGCUCUGGGCAAGACGGAUGAAAUAUUCUGUGGGAAUAUUGUGUCCAAACUGUUCUAAACACGGCGAUAAGGAAUUGGUCCCCAUUAGAGAUAUCCUGAAAGACCAGGAUGAGUAUGCUUCUUGUAAUGAUGGUUGCGUAAUAGAUGUCAGUUAUAUCCUGGAAGCAUUUAACAAAGGAACACAAAUUCCGUGGGAAAAGCAAGGAGAUUCAUCAAUCGGUGUACAUGUAGAUGCAGCGAAUUCGAGUAGUGUGACAGGAAAUACUUUCAUAGGUCAACAGAAUAUCAUUAAGCCUUCUCGAUAUAGCCAUGGUUCUGAGGAUGACAGUCUGGAUGAACCCUCAAGGAAAAGAGACAAGAAGACCAACCGAGAAACUGACUCUACUACCGACGAAGAUGAAAGAGCAAGACGGGACAAACGAACAAUGAGCGAUGGUUCCAAGGAUGACAGUCUAGAUGGACGUCCAAGGAAGAGAAAAAAGAAGACAGACCGACAGACUGACUCUAGCGAUGAAGAUGGAAGAACAAGAGGGGACAAACAAACAAUUGACACGGUAUCAGAUGUACAACUGAAUACUCUUGCAGCCCGCGUCCCUUACGAUAAAUACCAUCACCUGUCCGACGAACUUGGUAUUGAGUACAACGAGGCAUCACGUAUUCUGAAGCAGCACGGAAGUGACUCUAAGCCAGCGACGAGAGAGUGCCUUUCUGUAUGGAAAUACAAGAUAGGCGGAAGCUCCACUGAGCUGAAUAGGAUUUUAAAUGCUGUUCAUUUAGGAGACAAAUACCAUUCUGAAGGGAUCUUUGACCAAACCGGAGGAGAGCUACAUAUUCCAUCAUACGGACUCACUCUUUCCAUCCCUCCCUGUGCACUGCCAGAGGGAUCUAGUGAAACAAUAACUUUAGAUGUUCUCACAGACAUCCCACCUGAAAUCUCUCUGAGACACGACGAGACGCUUGUUUCCUAUGGCUUCCAGUGUCUUCCGUCAGGAUUACAGUUUGAAUCAGAGAAACCUGUCAGAUUGAAGAUGCCCCAUUGUGCCAACCUCAUUGAUCCAAGAAAAGUACAGGUCGUACUGUACUCCAUGAAUCACGACGGGGAAGCUGCUCGCAUUGUACAAACUUCAAGAACCUGUCGGGUUACAUAUAGCCAUGUGGAGAUUUCACUGGAGCACUUUUCAAAAGGAUAUAUGGCCAUGAUUAAAGAUGUUUUCACGAAAUACAAACGAAUGUCCUUCAUGCCUUUUCUUCCAAACAUAAUGCCACAGUGCAGGAAAAUGAUGCUGCAGUUUCGCAUGGUUACCAAACCUCAUACAAUCUAUUGGAGAGAUGUUCAUGAAAUCAGAGAGAAAGCAGAGUAUCAACCCGCUAAAGAUGAUGACGAUGAGAUGAAUGUCAAACAUAAAGAUUUGGAAGUCACUUGCCAACUAAAUGAUAAUGACACACUUAAACAGAAUAUCAAUGCAAGCUUCAUCAAAGAGACUAAGCAUACUCUCUACUUCGAAUUGGAUUUUAACGGAAAAGCAGAUGACGAACUGGUGACGCUGAAAGUGAUACAAUCAAAGCUACAGAUGGAUAUAAAGUUAAGAACACAUUUCCUUGCUUCUCGUGAAAUGACCAAGACAUCACCAGGAAAAAAAGAGUCCGCAUCCCCGAGACCGUCUGCAUCCACAGCAGUCGAUAUUCCUCCUCAAGGCGCAUCAGCAGCAGCCGGUGAAGCUUCUACUUCUAAAGCCAGACCUACCGAGAAAUCCAGGGACCAAGAUUUUGACGGCCUUCUCAAGACAGUAGCUAACCGAAUUGAUAAGGAUAUUGACAUCGACAAUCUAGGCGUAACAUUGGGUUUUGAACCUCCGGAUAUAAAACGUUACCUACAAAAGAACAAACAAGACCACUCGUACAUGGGAACACUUAAUAUGCUUCGGGAUUGGAGGAAAAGAACUACAAGGUCCAAAGAACGUGAACAAUUGAAGAAAGCCCUGAUCUCAAUUGAUCAAAAUCGUCUGGCAGACGAACUCCUGAGCGACGAUAGUUAGUAUGAACCAGGAAAACAUUUACAUUUUGGACAUACGUAUGGUUUAAUUUUAUACCAUGAUUUCUAAUUACCUCUCGUUAUACAAGAAUAUACAAAGGCGAAACUCAUAACCAUAUCCACAGUUUCACCUGUAAACAUAAUUUUUAUUUGAUGGUUGAAGUAGCCUUCAAAAUGGCAAAUCGAUUUGCUUGGUUUGUAUGGGAGUCCUAUUUGUGUCCUUUUUUUAGUUUGUUGCACGUUGACAAUUAUGUUAUAGAAAGAGAAUGAAAUUAAAUAUUUGUGUUGUGUGAAAUAUCUAUACAAGAUAUAGUGCAAUAAAUGAGUCUUUCAGCAUUUGUGUAUAUUAUGUGCGUGUAUAUGUGAAAGUGCAAUAUGAAUUCAUUAGUGUGCUACCCAAAUAAAGAAGCCAAACAAUAUGUACGGCAAAUUAACAAACAGUUGCUGGCAACUUCGCAAGAGAUAAACUUAAUUAGCAUUAUAUUUUAAACAUUAAUAAUCGAUUUCCGCUGGCAAGAACAAAUAAAUGUAAAGUUUUUAUUUACAUUUAUUUGUAGAUUGUGGUAUUUAUGUUCAAUUAUGAUGUUAAUUUGAUAUUUUACCAGUUGAGCCUGUUUUAUCACAUGUUCUAACGGCACAUGUCGGUGCCAUCUUUAGAGUUAUUUUUGUUACCAUUGCAGUAUUAACGUUACCUGUACAUGUAUAUAGGAAGCACAGGUGCAUGUUCAUAAGUUGUGUAUUAUGCCGUUGCCUUACUAUUGCAUAAUCAUAUUGUUUUCAUUUAUUUCAGUUGGUAUAUGAUGUAUUAUAAUAUGUUAAUAUUUUUGUAUUUUCAUCUUGAUAUUUUUUGCAGAUACAUGGUUAUGUAAAUAUGAUUGUUAUUGCUUUAUUGUUAUAUCAGUCCGCUUCCAUUUGUGUAUUUUGUUUACUUCUGAUGUUCUGACAUUGCAAAUACUUAUCAUUUUCUCAGAUACCAGUUUUAAUUUGAUGAUGAAGAUUUAAUUAGGCAGUGGUUUUGUUUACAAUAUCUACUGCAGUCCAGUCAAAAGUGUCCAGUCAUUCUAGCAUUAAUUUCAGUCGGUAUAUGAUAUUAUAUUAUAUGCUCAUAUAUUAUUUUGUGUGCAUUUUGUAUUAUGUACAUUGCUAUAAUGUUGUGAAAUCUGCUUCCAUUUUUAUGUUGUGUUCAUUUAAUUCUAAAUAUCCCAACGUAACAGCGUCAGCGCAAGCAGGAAGAUGAGCAAGUAUUUUGUAUUCUCUGCCAGAUACCAUUUCCAUGUAUUUUGAUGAUGCAAGUUGAAUGAGGUGCUGAUUCUGUUCAGUCUAGUAUUAGCGGUAUGUAAUUAUACAGUCAAAAGUUCAUAAUUAUUUUCACAUACUCGUGAGAAUGUUCUAGGCCGCGUAACACAAAGCUUAGUGAUUGGUCGUACAAAUCAUUAUUGAUUUAUGCGACUGAGUAUUGAUUUUUGUGAUUGAUUGCACAUAUUGAUCACUGCAAUCAAUCGCAAAAGUAAAUCAGAAGAUCAAGUGUUAGUCUUUGUGUUACGAGUCCUGAUCAUAAUGACUUGUUUAUUACACAUGACGUAGCUUUAAGUAUUUAAAUCCAUUUUCAAUGUCUAUGACCUGUUGGCUUAUUAUGAUCUGAUAUAUCAUGUGUAUAUAGCAUUCUAUGUUGUUUUUUUGGCCGUGUUAUUGUUUGGAGAUGCAAAUGAUUGUCAGUCUCUGUUAGAUGUAAUGAUGCGGGUAAUAGCGCCAGCUUGCGACACAAUGUAUGUUAAGAUCCGAAUAUGAUGCUAUAAAGAAC